GUACUAUCAUGUACGAUCAAGUUGAUAUUUUCCGCGAAGUUUAUAAGUUUACGUUUAUUGGCAAAAUACUGAUAUUUAUCAACCCAGGACAUGUGGUGAUGGAAUAUUCUUCGUUUUCGGGAGUUGCUAGCAGACGUUCAAUUUUCUUGCAGAGUUCUCAACUUCCAUUCCUCCGUCUAGUGAAAUAUCAUGUAUAGUUGUGCAAUUGGUUGCUUUCGAAGACACGCUGUAAACAAAUUCGUUGGACCGGAUCAGGUAGUUCCUUGCAUCAACCGGUUUAUUGGGGCACAAAGUAGUCCGUACAGAUGGUGCUUCCUAAGACGAAAUUCUCAUUACGUAGCUCCCAAGAAUCGAACAUUUAUCGGUUGGCAAAGGCAGCGAAUAUUUGGUCUUUAUCUGCCUUCUAGAACUUCUCCCGUGCGUUCACGUUCCAACACUAGUGGAAGUCUUACUGACAAUGGAAAAGAGGAGAAGCAAGAGGAGAACGUUAACCCUGCAAAGAAACAACUAAAAAGUGACGAUCUCUUUCGGAUAUUAUCACUUGCCAAACCGGAGUAUAAGAAUCUUGCUGGUAAAUUAAAUCUCUUUAAAGUUAGUUGUAUAAUUAAGAGCACUCAACCAGCGAGAGCUUGCGUGUCACUCUCUCAUUUGACAGCUGAUAGGCGAUCAAAUGAGCAAUUGACUCUGAACUCCCUAGCUCCAUAAUGAGUAUACUAGAUUAAGAAAGUUGAUCUCUUACCUUGUUUGUCUUUGAAGUGCCAGUUUGGAUAAUAAUGCAAUACAUGAAAGGGAACCGUGAAUUAUUAUAGUUUGAAUGAACAAAAUAAAUAUAUAAACAAAUAAAAUGCAUUGUCACAUCUAGAGACCUCUUCCAUCCUGUCCAUCUGGGGUAGGUGAAUGGGAACAAUAAUGGGUAACACCAAUACUGGCAUACAAAUUCUCCUGAUUGAUCUCCAACCAAACAUUCCUUAAGGAAUUAAUUGAGAUAAUUUUGAUAAAUUUUCCUACCUUUAUCUAAUGAUUAUGUAUUUGUAUUUUAGGAGAAGAUUGAUUUUGGUCAAUCUUGGGAUUCAAAGGGUUACUUACGUAGAGUUUAUGAGAAGCUUGUUUAUAGGAGGACGUCACUGAUGCCGUCAUCUUUCUUUUUUUUAUGCUAGGAGCCAUUAGUCUUUUGUUCAUCUCCUCAGCUGUUACUAUGUCUGUACCAUUUUGCAUGGGAAAGAUCAUUGACAUCAUUUAUACAUCAAGUCAAAAUCCUGCACAAAUGGUGGAUACACUGACAUAUGUCUGUAAAAUCUUGUGUGGAGUUUUCCUUUUGGGAGGAACAGCUAACUUCGGAAGAGUGUACCUUAUCCAAAUUUCUGGUAAGAAACUCAAAGUCUUUUCUGCAUCAGUGUUUUGACCCUUGUCAGUAUACAUCAAAUUGUAGUUGUUAGUCUCCUUUUCAGUCAUGUGACCCUAAAAACAGCUGCAACGUCGACUAUAAAAUAGUUGGUUGCCUUAUGUAAAAUUCUGUAAACUUCUCCAGGCCAAAAAAUCAUCAAGAGACUGCGUGAAAGACUGUUCAGUUCCAUACUUAGACAAGAAACAGCCUUUUUUGAUCGAACAAGGACAGGAGAGCUGAUCAAUCGUUUGUCAGCUGACACCAUCUUGGUAGGAAAGGCUGUCACAGACAAUGUAUCAGAUGGACUGAGAGCUGUUGCGCAGUCUCUGGCAGGAGUAUCCAUGAUGGUGAGUUCAGUAAAUCUUCAGUCAAAACCAUUAUUUUGUUGUCAUUUUGCAUUGACUGGGGGACAGGAGUAAUAAAGAAGUACAUGGGGUCCUUACUUAAACUACGAUGGUGACGGCAAUGGGAUCAUCAAAAAAUCAAUAGGUUUAAUGAGCAAAAUAGCAACUCUGCAUGUGCAUCACACUUUUUUGUAAAUUUCUUUGCCAUCCUAGCUCAACAUAUGAUGGAAAAGACCAAGUUUUAAAUUUUAAUUAAACUUGAGAACAUGAAUGGCAAUGCAAUAAAUUCUAUCAUCUCUGUGUGAAAUCGGGUAUUGUCCCUGCUCUUCAGCUUCAACCUAAAUUCCCCUUUAAGUAACAAGGACUUGGUACAAAAAAAGUUUGAACGGAUGCAAAGUCUAUUUUUCAGCAGCAUUUUCAUGGAAGUCACUGUUGUUGGAUCGUGAGGUCCCUAAUAGUAACAUAGCAAGAGUUAAUUUGUUCGCUGUUUUAGAAAUGAGAAAGGGAAUAGAGCCAAAAUGUGUCCCACAAUAAUAUUGUUUUUGGGAUUGUUACUGUGGUUGUGCUGGUCAGCUAUUGGCCGAUGUUUUUCCCCAUCCCCAGUAGUAGUCCGGGAAGUCUUUAAAUCUUCUUGGACUAGUUUCCCUGUUGUUUCUAAAGUGAUGAAUGAAGGGAGCAUAUUUUUUUCAACUUUUAGUUUUAUGUCUGCCCCAAGCUGGCUAGCAUUGUUCUUGGAAUUGUACCUCCUGUUGCAAUAGCCAUUGUCAUGUACGGUCGCUACCUUCGCAGUAUCACCAAGAAAACACAGGACUCUUUGGCACAGUCAACACAAGUACUAGUUUGCACUAAAUUGCAUUUUAUACAUUAAUAACAAGUAUCAUACAGAAGAUAAUGAAUUAUGAUAGUAAUAAUAAUUAAUAAUAAUCAAUUUUUAAUAGUAAUAUGACUCCAACGCAGGAAGACAGGCAACAUGAGAUGAUUUUAUAUUUGACCCCUGGCAACACAAACAAUUUGGAAGUGGCUCUUGGAAUAGAUUGAAGUUCAGAUUUUCCAAUGCUCAGUGUAUCCCUGAACUUCUGGUUAUUCAAAGGUCUCGUACAAUACUGCACUGAGCUGCUUUUUUGUUGCUGUAUGUUGAUUGAAGAACAAAGCAAUUGGUAAUUCAGUAUUUUGUAGGGGUAAAGAGUCUCCUGUUUGGUCAGCAAUUUACUAAUCUAAUAUCUUGGUGUGGUUCAAUUUUGCCCUUGAUUUAUAUUAUAUUUAACAACAGUACUGAACCACAACAAAAACAUGUACAAAAUUUGGAAAAGGCAACUGAUUUAUUUCAAAUAAUAAAUAAAAUAAAUAUUAAUUCAUUGUUUGUUGAAAAUAUUUUAUGCUUAUGUUAAUUUUUAGGUUGCAGAGGAGAGAAUCAGCAACAUACGAACUGUAAGGGCAUUUGGACAAGAACUGAAAGAGAUCAAGAUGUAAUUAGUUUUUUGUCACAUGUUAUUUAAUGCGAAGAACAACUUGUAGUUUCUUUGUGCCACGCCACUGGCCUGAUCUCAUUUAAAGUUAGUCCUUUUUGUUGUUAGUAAUACAAAUACGUGGCAAAAAUAUUUAAAAGGAUGAGGAGAGAAGCAUGUUAUAUUUGAUGUCAUUAAUUAUUUGUUUUUAGGUAUGCAGACAGUGUACUUGAUGUUUUUAAACUUGCUAAGAAGGAAGCUGUUGCAAGAGCAAUAUUCUUUGGAUUUGUAAGUUGGUUUUUUAGAAUUAGCCAGUCCAUCCCUUCUUCUCCUUCCUAGGGUUGUGCAUAAGGAAAUAUCCAUACAAUAAAAACCAGUUAUUGUCACUGGAGUGUUAGUAUGGUCCUGGGGAUCAAAGGAUGUUGAAGCAGCUGUGCCCAUCCCCAGGUUGGUCCCCUAAAGGGCUUUAAUUCUAAUUUUCUGAUUAACAUGCCCGUCCUGAUUAUCCGGGAUAGUCCCCCCCUCCCCCAUGAGAAAAGAGGGUUGAUGUAAAAUUGAUAUGGUACUACCCCCAGAUAAUGUAGCUAUGUGUGGUUGAAAAAGUGUGACAUUUUGUUUGAUUUCAGACAGGACUGUCUGGUAAUGUUAUAAUGUUGGCAGUGUUGUACAGUGGUGGAAUGAUGAUGACAGAUGCACAAAUCACUGUUGGUGAUCUUACAUCUUUUCUACUCUAUGCCGGGUUUGUUGGCAUAUCUUUUGGAGGUAAAUAAAAUGUUUUUCAACAAUUUCCUAUAGGACCUAAUUAAUGUUUUGAACUAGGCUGGGAUUCCUAGAUUUUUUUUAAUGUUUGGGUUUCAGACUUGAAGGUUAUCCUCUUUAAUACUACAUAAUUGUUUUGUGUUUUAUUUGUCCAUUUUCUUUUGAGUAGAGGAGUUGAAAAGUGAUAAUAAUAAUAAUAUUAUGAUACAAAUGGAAAGGGGAACGAUACAGUGAAACUAAAAUUAUUUCCCCUUUUAAGUAAGACAUUGUAUUCAGGAUAAAGAGUAAAUAUAAAAGAUGGGAAAUGGGAAAUUUGUAUGCUGCAUAUUAAUCCAGGGGUGAUUCCAUUCAGUUUGUAGAAAAGGUCUGACAUGUGAUCUCUCAAAGAGACCUCUCCAGCAGUAUUUUGCUUAAUACUAUCUGUCUAUCUGUUUUGUUUUUAUUGUGUUAAUGUUUUACGUUUUAUAUAUGGUAAAACCUCUAUAUAACUAAAGCCCAAAGGAUUGACAAAAUUUGUUAUAUAUUGUAUUAUUUCUGGGACAAAGAAUAUCUUUGUUAUACUUAGGAAUAUGUUAUAUAGAGGUUCAUCAUUUGGAGUUCCACCUUAUUUAGCCUAUUCACUUCUGCGAAAUUUUUUCUAAAACGAUGUAAAUAAGUUCUGAGAGUGUAUGACAUAAUAAUGUCACUAAUAUGGCUGUAUAUAAUAUGCCCUUUCCUGCAGGCCUCAGUUCCUUUUACUCAGAACUCAUGAAAGGGAUUGGCGCAAGUGGUAGACUGUGGCAGUUAAUUGAUAGGACUCCCACCAUUCCUUUGUCAGGUGAACUAACUUCUGACCUUCUGUCUGAUGGGCCUCUGUAACUGCAGCUUCAUCUAUUUUGUCUAGUUAGACCAAUUAAGAUGAAACUUGAAAACAAUGAAAAUUUAAGCCAAAGAAUUAGUUGUUGAAGAAUGAUAAAUCACAAGUUCACAACAAACACAUAGUUGCCUACUGAACAUCAGUUUGUUUUGAAGCAUUUUCAACAGGAAAAGCUAACUAUUUUAAACUAAAAAAUUAUAGCCUUUGUAUUCUCUCUCUGUUUUAUACAUCCUUCCCUUUUUGCGCAAGAUGGGAAAUAUAUUUAAUCCUUUCUUAGUAUUAAAGAAUAACGCCUUAGGUGUUUCAGCACAUUGUGUCAUCAAGAACAAAUGUCCUAAAAACUCCUACAAGCCUGUGUACAGCUACCCCUUCCUAGAGGGAAAAGGGCGACUGUACAUAGGCUAAAAAUCACCAUUCUUUUAAACAGUACAGGCCUGUAUGUUUCCCCUUAUUUAUAUUUUUAUUCCUUUAUCUAUUAGGGGAUUAGUCCCACCAAAUAGAAUUUAAUAUUGUUUUGUGGUCCUGAGUACUCUUGGAUUAAUAACCAAGGCCCUAGCCUGCACCAUAGAUGAAACUAAUCUCUGGUUACUAACCAGGGUUAAAUUAUGUCCGCGAUGCAGGCUACCAAAACCCAGGUCAAGCGGGAAACUUUCCAUGUGGUGAACCUGAUGCUGUAUUGUUCGUUCCCAUUUAUAGCAUUAAAUUUGUUUCAUGUAAGUUUAACGUUUGAUCCCGGCCUAACAUUCCUAUCAUGUGUUUAGGAGGCUUACGACCAGACAUCCAUGACUUAAACAGGGGGAUUCUGUUUAACAACGUCCAUUUUUCUUACCCAUCUCGGUCUGACAUGCCAAUCUUCCAUGGACUCAACUUGGAGGUUCCUGCAGGAUCGGUCACAGCAGUGGUUGGACCGAGUGGGUCUGGGAAGAGUACACUGGGGUCAUUACUUCUUCGCCUGUAUGACCCGAAUCAGGGUCAGGUGAUUGUUGGAGGGCAUGACGUAACAACUCUAUCACCUGAUUGGCUGAGAGGUGCUGUGGGAACAGUUCAUCAGGUGAAUGAAUAGGCUAUUUCCAAUUUGCCCCAAGCCUCAGUUUCAGAGUGAGGCUAAGUGCGGAGCCAUUUUGCCUGUACACAGACAUUGUUUUCUCUUUCAAUUUGACAAUCGGCGAGCACAUAAGCGAUGCAAGCACGCAAAAACGAGCGCAGAUCGAGAGAAAAAAACUAUCUAAAUAUCUACCUAUUUUCUUCUUCCCCAACCCCUACCCCCUUGAGCUAGCGGUUAGUAAAUCCCCCGCGGUUUUACAUUCUUACCCGCACUCAACGGUUACUGAAGGGAAAAUAGGGCAAUUGAUAAGAAAGUGAUUUUUUACUCUAAAGCAAAUGAAACCCAUUUUCACAAGGAAAGUUUUGCACUUGAAAGUUUUGAAAGUGAGAGUUAUUGGAACUCGGACAUGGUCUAUUUUGUUUUGGUUUCCAGUGUGGACAAAAACUUUUUUGAAUUUCAUACUUUUACUUUUCAGACCGCUUCAAAGAGAAACCUUAUCAAAUAGUUUUACAAUUUUUCUUUUCCUUCAAGGAACCAAUUCUGUUCUCAUCUUCUGUUGCGGAUAACAUUGCAUAUGGUGCAGCCAUAGGUCAACAAGUCAGCCAGGAUGAUAUUGAGGACGCUGCUGUACAAGCCAAUGCUUAUAGUUUUAUCAAGAGCUUCCCUAAAGGAUUUGACACUGUUGUGGGAGAAAGAGGACAAAUGCUAUCAGGUUAUAAUCAUAGAACGGGGUUGAAUUCACCACAAGUAACCACCUCAAAGUGAUUAAAUCAAUCAGUCAUGGCCCUCCACUAACCCAACGUUUUGUUUUUUUUAGUAAGAAGUGAGGUGGUGUUAAUAUUGUGAUGGGGGUAGGGUAGGGCAAGCUUUACAUACUGUAAAUCCAUUUUCUACAACUUACUUUGACUGUGCAAAAUGGGAGGGGUGAGUCAGGGGGACUCUCUAAAAAUAUGCUUAUGGUGACUGGUAUUUUUGGUUGUUGGGGAGGGGGCAGGGGUGGAAAGCAACAACUAAUGUCAUGUAAAAGUACUUCUAAAGAAAGAGUUUUUAUGUGAUUGGUCAGACCAUAGGAUUCAAACAAAAAUGAAAACCACAAUGACAUACUAAAUAAAUAGUACUACAGUUGUAUGUAAAAGAAUGCCUAAAGAGCGUACACCAUAGGUUAAGGUUUUCCAUUCAAACUGGCAAACGGUAGAAUUGCGCGUUAUGUCCUAUAAUUAAUCUUGCUUUGAAAUUAAAGUAACGAAUUUAAAUCUACUUUUGCUUGUGUUUUAUACCCUGCAGGAGGUCAAAGACAGCGAAUUGCAAUUGCAAGAGCAAUUCUGAAGGUUAGUGAAGCUGUUCUUAUUUACUGGUCAUAUGUCAGUAAUCUUUCAAACCCUGAUAGACAUACAGAUUCUCCAGAGUGGUCUCCGUACAUUUGCUUACAGAAUUAGAUCAGAGAAUUUGUGUAAAAAUCAGUUAAGCAUUUUCCUUUAGUUGAUCAUUUUAACAAUUCUCAUAACUCUUCUCUUGAUAAUGUAUUUAUAUUGUUAGGUAUAAAAAUUGAUGUUCAUCACUCAGGGGCACCCAACGAGAAUAUAGUUCGAAACCACUUAAACAUAGAAUUGUUAAACGUAUUUUAGUAUUUAAACGGUAGAUAUAGCAUAUUUUUAUCCCCUAAAAAAUUUUUCAUCUGUUGGGAUUUCCUAGCUGAAAGUCUAGUGAUCCGAAAAUUAUAGGGAUCAAAACUUACCUUUUCGAAAAUUUCAGCCAGAAAAAAGGUUCCCGAAAAUUCUAACUGACCUUUUUACGGUAAAAAUCCGUUAAAAAUAGGCAAUUAUGCCAUUUUUUAGAUGUCCGAAAAUCCUAGGAGAGGCAGGCAAGCAAGAAAUUUUACAACAAAUGUUCGAAAAUUCUAGAUCUCAAAUCGUCUUCCGAACAGAUAUUUUUCCGAAAAUUGUCGUUGGGUGCCCCUGAUCACUAUUAAGAAAUUUAUGUAGGUUGCUUGCGGGCUCUCGAGUACAGGGCAAAGACAAGGCGAGAAAACAUGAGGAGGGAGGGGAGGGUGGAGUACCUGGCUAUAUCAGGGCGUAAUCAACACAUGUUCACUAAAAACUGUCUUUCUGUAAUUACUUAGAACAGCAUAUUUUGUUUGGGCAAUGUUUAUAUUUUAAAAAUAAUCUCUUUUCCCCUUAGAAUCCGUCCAUUCUUCUCCUUGACGAAGCAACAAGGUAAUUGGGUCAUGCUAUUGAGAAGUAGAUUUGCUACAGCUGAUUUACCUAACUUAUAUCUAGUGAUUUAGCCAGUUAAAGGCGUUAUGAUUUUGAACAGCCGGGGCCUAGCAGCAACUGCGCCCUCACUGCGAUGUUCUCGAGUUUAUAACUGACAAGCGGCUCAUUUUGGGCCGGUGCAAAUGUCGCACCCUUCAACUUUUGAGUGGCAAGUGCCUCAACUGGCGUACUUACGUCAAAGCAAAGAAAUAAAUUGUAAGUCAGAGAUACGGAAAAAGAUAUUUAAAAUUCAUGCAUUAGAUGUAAUAUAUCAAACAUGAGAUGCAGUGUUUGAUCACCAGAUGAAACACCGAGAAGAGAGUUGAAAAUACGACGCGCAGCGGAGUAUUUUUGACGAACUUCGAGGUGUUUCAUCUGGUGAUGAAACACUGUGUCGAAUGUUUGAUAUUUCUUCUCAAACAAAAUCAUUUUUGAAGGAGAAAUUAAGGAUGCAAAUACCAAGCAGUGUUUCAUCCGAUUUCCAAACACUCAUUAAACAUUAAUUUCCUUUGUAUUUUCUUAAUGAAUUAUUAAUGAGUUUGAGAAACGUAGUUUUACGUUUGAGAACGGCCCUUGUUGAAUAUCCGCCUCUUUAGUGUCAGAUAAUGCGAUGUUCCUUGCUACCGAACUUAAUUGUUCAGUCAAUCCGCACCACGCAAAAUCUGCCAAACAAAGCUGAUUCAAACAGCGCUUCUCUUUCGUACGUAAUUCUUUAGUUAGGUGCGGCGCGUGAUGUGCUCGGUUUUAAACGAGGCUGAGUCAAUGUUCAUUUUCUUGUAGUGCUUUGGAUGCCGAAAGUGAGCACCUUGUUCAGGAAGCUCUUGAAAGACUGAUGAAGGGUCGAACUGUCAUCACUAUUGCUCAUCGGCUCUCGACCAUCAAAAAUGCUGACAACAUUGUGGUUUUAAACGAUGGACAAAUUGCCGAAGCUGGUUCUUACGCUCAGUUGAUGGGCAAUCCGGAUGGAUUGUUCAGGAAAUUGGUUGAAAAGCAAACUAUUGGACUUCAAUAAGUAAACAGUGUAGGUCUCUAUCCAACAAACUAGUUUGGGAUGCAGCUUAAUGAGGUUACCCGCAAGGCAGGCUUUGAAAAAGGUUGGGAAAAAGGGAAAAAGAGAGGAGCGGGAAACGCACUCCU